UACUCCGAUCUCCGUCACUUCCAUGGACGACCACGGCGGUGCGCUGACGGCGAAGCUUUGGCAUCGUCAGCCGGACGGAACCCAGCCGUCCACGCCACUUUUUCCUGCCUUACUCUCGCGUUCUCGUUGUCGGAUGCCCCUUAACGUUGUCGUUGUUGUCGAUCGAUAAAAGCCAGGGCGAUCGGCUCCUUUCCUUGCCGAAUCCCUAAACCCUAAAUCGGUCGCGCCGACCGACGAUCUCCGAGUGAAUGGCCGGGCCGUCGAGACGAGUUACGAGGAGGUGCUCCGACGGGGUUCCUUCGCAGAAAGAUAGCCAACCGAUAGUUGUUCUGGAUCUCGACCUCAACUCAACUCCGUCUGAGAGCAGCGAGUUGGAGGAGUCUUCUUCUACUUCAUGCCGGCGAAUUACUCCCACCGGAAAUCUGCUGGACUCUGCCCCUCCACCUCAUGCUUCAGUUAUUGAUGUAGAUCAAAUCGAAGAUGUUUCAGAUGAAGGAGGAAGAUCAAGGCAGGCAAAGAUCAUCGACUGCGAAUCAUAUCCAGAUUCGGAGGAGGUGCAAAAUUUUUCAAAGGGGAAGAAAGUGACUCGAGUGCCUCCGAUUCAAAAGGAACCCUCCCUCACAUGUUCUAUGUGCAUGGAUCCACUGGGCGAGGCAGCGACUACCGACUGUGGGCACAUCUACUGCUACAGCUGCUUAAGGGAAUUCAUCCAAACCCACAAGGAAUGCCCUACUUGUGGGAGGAAGCUGGCCAUUAGCAAUUUCCACAGGCUCUAUUUUCCAGCUAUGGAAUGAGCCAUUGCUUGUGUCUUUUUAAUUUGGGAUGAGUCUUUUUGCCUUUGCUUGCUUGCUUUUACUCAAGUCCCAUAUCUUCAAGGUUAACAAACAAGUUAUAUGCUUAAUGUGUCUUCAUAAUUAUUAUUCUUUUGUAUGCAUGUUACUGAACGAUCCCACCACUUGUGGGAUAAGACAUGGUUGUUGUAUGUAUGUUACUGAAAUUUAGUAGUAAUUUGGUAUAUGGUAAGAGAAUUAGAUUUCAA